GCCUUGUGGGUUUCUUUGAAAACGAAAAAUAUCCUUUUACUGCAAACGGGAUUUGCAACAGCAUUUAUAUUUUUGUAAAGGAAGGGGAGACAAAGUGGAACAAUCUGACCUGCUUUCCCAGCUGCCGUGAGAGGCUGCGCUGUGGCAGCCUAGACCUGGCCAAGGGACCAUCUCCUCUCUUCUCCACCCCCGCCCUCCCUCCCGCACGCAGCAUAGUUACAACAAAGAACAUACUGUGGGGUGGGGAAGGGGGCAGGAAGGGAUGCAGCAUUAAUCUUCUCCUUUAGGGCUCGAGGCUGGAACAAAAUUCCGUGAGAACAAGAGACGGGAGACGGCAGUAAGAAAGGAUUUGGCCAGAGAGCCCAUCCUGCAUUUGAGGGAAUUAUGUUCCGGUUCAUGAGAGAUGGAGAGCCAGAGGAUCCAAUGUUUAUGAUGGAUCCUCUUGCCAUCCAUCAGCAGCAUGUGAAUCGUGUGCUUUCAGGUGGAUUUGGAUAUAGCCCUUUCCUCAGUAUUGGCAAUGGGACAGUACCUGGAACACGCCAAGUUAGUCGAAGAAUGCAGCCUGGAACUGUUUCGCCCUUUGGGAUGCUAGGAAUGGCAGGUGGCUUUAUGGACAUGUUUGGAAUGAUGAAUGACAUGAUUGGGAACAUGGAGCACAUGACAAGUGGUUCCAAUUGCCAGACAUUUACUUCUUCCACCGUCAUAUCCUACUCAAAUCUGGGUGAGGGCCCUAAAGUGUAUCAGGAGACCUCAGAGACACGUUCUGCACCUGGUGGGAUCCGGGAGACGCGGCGGACGGUUCGAGAUUCCAACAGUGGACUGGAGCAGAUGUCAAUUGGCCACCACAUCAGAGACCGUGCACACAUUAUGCAGCGCUCACGCAACCAUCGCACAGGCGACCAGGAGGAGAGGCAAGACUACAUCAAUCUGGAUGAGAGUGAUGCGGCUGCAUUUGAUGAUGAAUGGAGGAGAGAGACUUCCCGCUAUCGGACACAGAGGGGGCUGGAUUAUCGACGUCAUGAUGGAAAUACUGGCCGAAGAAUUGAGGGGGGUCGUCUUGCUAUUCAGGGACCUGAGGAUUCUCCCAGCAGACAGUCGCGUCGGUACGACUGGUGAAUCCACAGCAGAUUUAAGGGGGGGUGCAGUGCAGUCACCCCCAAAACUACAUUCAUGCUCUUGUAGACAGUGAAACUCUGAUGGUGAAGCCCCUACAAAAACAACACUUGGAUCUUCUGCAAGAUGAAUUCUAGCUUCCUGCCCUCCUAAGAUUUAAAUUGACUAACUCUGCAUAGUUAUAUUUCUUGCAUAGAACAGUUGGCCAAGGAGAAUGCGAGGGACUUUUGUCUAUAAAUGAGUAACAUAUAAAUUACUGUUUUCCUCUAACUCCUUUCUGUCUCCUACACAAGCGCCCCAAUUUUCUAUUUGGAUGCUUUGGGGAGUUUCAGGAGUUUUUGUUCAUCCCCAUACCUCAUUUCUACUUACCCAUCUCAAACAGCAGCCACAUAACGAUUGAUCUGCUAUUAGUGUCAAGUAGUUGGAAAACAACCUUUAGUUGCCUCUGCUCUUGAUCAGCCUGCCUUCCCUGGAACUUGGGGUAUGUAUGAAGUGCAAGAGAUCAAGUAAAGUGUGGACAAACCAAGCAGGUCCAGCCUCUAUUCUCCGGUUGUCAGCUCCCAAUCUUAUAAAAUUUGAUUUUGUGAAACUUGUACCUAAAUGUUUAUUGAGUUGAAUAAAGAAAUGGAACCUGUAAAGUAAAUGAAAUUGCC